CCAGAAUUAUUUUAUUUGCAGUAAACAAGCACAUUCAUGGUAAAGCUAAACCGGCUUAGUGCCGGUUGGCUGGCUGUCGUCUGCAUCGCGCUUCCGGUGCUAUCCUUCGCCCAGACGACAUGUCGUCUGCCGCCCGCAUGGACGGUGAACGGCGUGGCUCCGAUGGAAGGCACGCGCGGUCAUGUGACAGUCUUGGCCCUUCUGAAGGCCAGCACUAAACGCGGACAGCUUGCCAGGCAGACUAUCACUGAUAUCCGUUUCCUGAUCGUCAACGCGGCCGAUCAGCGCUCCGUUGAUAACGUCGGGGAGCUGGCGAGGCGCGUCUCAUUUCCGGUCUACCAGGACACGGAGCGCGCGCAGAUCUGGAGUCAACUCGGUGGCGAGAAGGACGACCUGCUCGUUUAUGACAGGUGUGGCCUACUAACCCACCAUCUCCGACUACCGAACAGCCUCCUGAACAAACGUCACUUCGGGAACGCCACUUGGGAGACCUACUUCCAAAAUCCUUGCCAUUGCGACCCAUCAUCCUCCCAAACUCUCCCGGUGGCCGUCGUCACGCCUGCCCUAAAUCACCACCGUCCCUAUAACCGAGGUUCCCGGAACCAAAAUCAUAAUGGCCAGCAUCAUCAUCAUCAUCAUCAUGAUCACCAUCAAAAUCGGAAAGGUGACAGAAACACGUGUAUGAAGCGCGACGUAACCAGCAGCCACGAUUCAGCAAACGAGCUCAUCCUUAUUCGAAGCCGAAUGCGCGAGAUUCUCUCCAGCCGGAUAUCAAGUUGUCGACCAGACGACACACUGUGUCACAUCAUCCGAUCCAAUGAGUUACCGUUCCGACCAAAUCACCGUAGGUUUGUAAAGAAAAACCUUAAACGACUUUGAGACCAGCGUACUGAUGUGCAUAGUCGAUGUUUCUGUCCUCGUUAUGCAAAACCUGUACACUGCAACUGCACAGACACAGUCAUGUCGUUUAGUCGUUCCGCAAGUUUUGAAAUGUCUUACUGCGCUUGCGCUCCUGUGUCGACUUGUAUCGCGAGCCAACAACCGAUAGACCAAUCGAUGCGACACGAAUCCCAUCAUCUUCACCAACAUCACCAUGGCGGCAGUGAGCUUCAGUACAGAGUAGAAAAUCUUCAAGACUCGUGUGUUUGCGAAAAAUGUGACACGUAUAUUGCUCCUACACAGUCGUCCUGACAAUGCCCUGUCGCUAGCUGACAAUGACAGCCCAAUGAUAGCACACAGUCGUCCUGACAAUGACAUUUCGCAAGCUGACAAUGACAGUCCACUGAUACCACACAGUCAUCCUGACAAUGACCUGUAGCUAGCUGACAAUGACAGCCCAAUGAUAAUACACAGUCGUCCUGACAAUGACCUGUAGCUAGCUGACAAUGACAGUCCACUGAUAACACACAGUUGUCCUGACAAUGACCCUUCGCAAGCUGACAAUGACAGUCCACUGAUAACACACAUUCGUCCUGACAAUGACCUGUCGCUAGCUUACAAUGACAGCCCACUGGUAACACACAGUCAUCCUGACAAUGACCUAUCGCUGGCUGACAAUGACAGUCCACUGAUAACACACAGUCGUCCUGACAAUAACCUGUCGCUAGCUAACAAUGACAGCCCACUAAUAACACACAGUCGCCCUGACAAUGACCUGUAGCUAGCUAACAAUAACAAGGAACUGAUAACACACAGUCGUCCUGACAGUGCCCUGUCGCUAGCUGACAAUGACAACCCACUGAAAACGCGAAGGCCUUUUGACAAUGAGCUGUAGCUAUCUGACAAGUCACCGAAAACACACAGUCAUCUAGAACAUGACCUGUCGCUAUGUGACAAUGACACGGUAGUGGACUAACUAAUUCGUUUUGACAGUGACGUCAUAGCAGCUGACAAUGACAGACUGCUUUCGCAAAUUAGAUUUAUUGACAGCAAGACGAAAAGGCAAUACAAGGAUAAACUAAAUUUGAUAAUAACUUAUUUAAAAGUUCCUAAUGAUUAAUCCGUUUAUGUACUAUAAACACGAUCCGAUGACGCAAGUAGCAAAAUUAUUGUAAAUGUUAUUUGUCCGACUGCUUUGAAAUCGCAAUUAAGUACAAAAUCGGAUUUAAAAAAACUUUUAUCAGUAAACUAUCAAAAACCAAAUAUCAGAAACAAAGCAUACGUCCAUUUUUAAACCACCGUUAUGAAGGAUCACCGACAAGCCAGGAAUGGGGCGAUGAUCCUGACUUGUGGAUUGAAACCGGAAGUUAAUAUUGCACCCAUUAUUGAAUAAAACAAUCAUUCUAAAUUAA